GGCCGCCACCACGAAACAACCACCAACAUGAGCGAACCUUUGCAACUCACGUGCCCCCUCUUGAAUGAGACCCGCCACUUAGUGGAUUGCUUGGGCUACGUCGACACCAACUAUGCAUCUGGAGAUGUUGCGAUGCAGAAGCUUGUCAAACUACAGAUUGAGCAGCAGCUCGCGCAGAUGCCGCCGUGCGACGACGCCCACUACUUGGCAUACCUGCCGCCAUUGAAUUUGAAAUUGGACUCGCGGGAGAUGAAACGAGUGGCUGCCAAGGUGAAGCUGACCUCCAUCGACACAAAUAAAUACCGCGUGGUGCCUCCGGCGCCAUCUCAGUUGAAGAAGCAGAGCCAAGAAGUGCAGCUGGAGGCAUGGCAGCAGGCGACGGAUCACGCCAAAGUCGCGAUCGAAUACCAGCAAACCAAGAUCUUGAACCUCGAAAUGCAAAACAAGUACGGCGCCAACAGAUGGAAGUUGCAGGUAGGCGUGCUCCAUGGCAUCAACGAACGAUGCAAGAGCGAAUUGGACGACGUGCGGAAGCAGACGGACCAAGUCAACAUGGAGCGCAAGGAGGAACAGUUGCUGAAUGCCGACAAGCUCCAAGGACUGGAGCGGAAACGAAACGACUUGACUCUCAAGACCCAGUGGAUUCAGCAAGCUUGCCAUUCCCUGGAGCGAGACCUGAAGCGCGUCAAGCCCAAUCCUAUCGAAUAGGUCGUUACUUAAUCAUUAACACAUCUCCCCCUUGCACCGAC